AUGGCGGAAAAGAAGUCUCUCAGGCACGAGAUAGAGAAGCAGGCCAACGAAAUUGUAGUGCUCGCAGCGGACCUCAGAUCGGCCAAUCAGCGGGACUCCCAGAAAGCUGAGCAGCUAAGGCUUGCCAUUGAGGAAGCGCGGCGCUUUGAAUAUGAGGCACAGCGACGACUGGAAGAGGUUGCGCGCUUAGAAUCUGAAAACGUUAAGAUAACAAAGGAGCUCGAAAGCGACUCUAAGAAGCAUCUGGAGGACUUGACGGAUUCGCUUGCCGAGAAACAGAAACUCAAAAUGGAGUUGGAUGCAGCGACAGACCACAGCCAACGGCUCUCAAUAGAGCUUCAGCUGAUGAAAGAAACUGAGUGGAGGCAGGCAGAGGCACUAAGGCGCGCGCGUGAAGAGAGCAGCGCACUGUCUAGCAGGGUGCAAGAACUGUUGCGCCAAGCAGAGAGCAUCAAGGCAAGCUUGAGCCAGCACAUGCUAGAGGCUACUUUGGAUGCGCUCCGAAAAGAGCUCAAACAUAAAGAUUCGACUGAGAAAGAAAUCCUUCACCGUGUGCGACUAGAGCUUCAGGAGACACAGCAGCAACACGAGGCAGCGGUGUCAAAGAAGAGGCAGCUGCGGACUCAGCUAAUGGAGGCUACGAGGACACUACACCUAACUCGAGUCCGGAAUGAAGAACUGUGCUCUCGUCUCGAGGAAGCAAAAGUAGGUGUCCACUUGGCGUUAGACAAGUUUCGUCGAUCCUGGGCUAAAAAGAGAUUCAGCGGAGACUUGAAGAAGAAGUGA